UGACAUCAGCCUGCGCCCGGGCGGCUGCUGUUUAUAUUACAAACCAGCAGAAAGGUCUGAGGUGUGCGCGGCUCCUGGGAGCGCCGGCCAGGGCGGCAGCGCGUGGCUCCAUGCUGCCUUUACUUCGGCCUGAAUCGCACGCUUGCUUUCAUUUCACUUGGUUUCGCCAGAGCCAGACGAGCAUUUGAACCAGAUUCAAGCACUUGAGAGUUGCCUGUUGUGGAACUGGGGGAAAAAAACCCCAAAAAACCACCCUCCUGGUGCUUUACGUUUGAAUCCAUUACAGAGAGCUUACCGCCAAGCCACACUGCUGGAUUUUGAACCGAAGCUGUUAUUUACUUAGGGCUCAGGGGGGAGCGUUUUCGCUAGGGACUGACGCCAAACUACUGGAGGAAGCUGGGAUUUACCUGGAUGUGUGGUAAAGAAACUUGUGGUUCCUUUAUGCUGCAGUUCAUCGUAUCUCUGCGCUACCUGUAAAUGGAAUUACAAAAAUCAACCAGUAUGCCCGGGCCGUUGUCCCCAGGAUAUGCAGCUCAGGUGCCGUAUAACUAUAACCAGUUAGAAGGACGAUUCAAGCAGUUACAAGAUGAACGUGAGGCAGUUCAGAAGAAGACCUUCACCAAGUGGGUGAAUUCCCACUUGGCUCGUGUGUCCUGCCGGAUUACAGACCUGUACACUGACCUUCGAGAUGGGAGGAUGCUCAUCAAGCUCCUGGAGGUGCUUUCAGGAGAGAGACUUCCUAAACCAACUAAAGGAAGGAUGCGCAUCCAUUGCCUGGAGAAUGUGGAUAAAGCCCUCCAGUUCCUGAAGGAGCAACGAGUGCACCUGGAAAACAUGGGAUCUCAUGAUAUUGUGGAUGGGAAUCACAGGCUGACACUUGGCCUUAUUUGGACCAUUAUCCUGAGAUUCCAGAUCCAAGAUAUCAGCGUUGAAACUGAGGACAACAAAGAGAAGAAAUCUGCUAAAGAUGCUCUGCUUUUGUGGUGCCAGAUGAAAACAGCUGGGUACCCCAACGUCAAUAUCCACAACUUUACCACAAGCUGGAGGGAUGGGAUGGCGUUCAAUGCACUGAUCCAUAAGCACAGGCCUGAUCUGAUUGAUUUUGACAAGCUGAAGAAAUCAAAUGCACACUACAAUCUGCAGAAUGCUUUUAACCUUGCAGAGCAGCACCUUGGUCUUACCAAGCUCCUGGACCCUGAGGAUAUCAGUGUUGAUCACCCUGAUGAAAAGUCAAUCAUCACCUAUGUGGUGACAUAUUACCACUACUUCUCCAAGAUGAAAGCUUUGGCUGUCGAAGGAAAACGUAUUGGCAAGGUGCUUGACAAUGCCAUUGAAACAGAGAAAAUGAUAGAAAAAUACGAGUCCCUGGCUUCUGACCUGCUGGAGUGGAUUGAGCAAACCAUUAUCAUCCUCAACAAUCGCAAAUUCGCCAACUCCCUGGUUGGGGUGCAGCAGCAGCUGCAGGCGUUCAACACUUACCGCACAGUGGAGAAACCACCCAAAUUUACGGAAAAAGGAAACCUGGAAGUGCUGCUUUUUACCAUCCAAAGCAAAAUGAGAGCCAACAAUCAGAAAGUGUACAUGCCAAGGGAGGGCAAACUCAUCUCUGACAUUAACAAGGCCUGGGAAAGACUGGAAAAAGCUGAACAUGAAAGAGAACUGGCACUGCGAAAUGAGCUCAUCAGACAAGAGAAACUGGAACAACUUGCACGGAGAUUCGAUCGCAAGGCAGCUAUGAGAGAAACUUGGCUGAGUGAAAAUCAACGUCUCGUUUCUCAGGACAAUUUUGGCUUUGACCUCCCAGCAGUGGAGGCUGCCACGAAGAAGCACGAGGCCAUCGAGACGGACAUCGCGGCGUACGAGGAGCGGGUUCAGGCCGUGGUGGCGGUGGCGAAGGAGCUCGAGACUGAAAACUACCACGACAUCAAACGCAUCACUGCAAGGAAGGACAAUGUUAUCCGCCUCUGGGAGUAUCUCCUGGAGCUGCUCCGGGCACGGAGACAGCGCCUGGAGAUGAACCUUGGGCUGCAGAAGAUUUUCCAGGAAAUGCUGUACAUUAUGGACUGGAUGGACGAGAUGAAGGUGCUUUUACUGUCCCAAGACUAUGGCAAACAUUUGUUGGGAGUUGAGGACCUGCUGCAGAAACACGCUCUGGUGGAAGCUGACAUUGCUAUUCAGGCUGAGAGAGUGAGAGGGGUCAAUGCCUCUGCUCAGAAGUUUGCCACCGAUGGAGAAGGUUACAAGCCCUGUGACCCGCAGGUGAUCCGGGACCGCGUGGCUCACAUGGAGUUCUGCUACCAGGAGCUCUGCCAGCUCGCGGCCGAGCGCCGCGCGCGCCUCGAGGAGUCCCGGCGCCUCUGGAAAUUCUUCUGGGAAAUGGCUGAAGAGGAGGGCUGGAUCAGGGAGAAGGAGCAGAUCCUGUCAUCUGAUGACUACGGGAAGGACCUAACCAGUGUCGUCCGACUCUUGAGUAAACACAAGGCGUUUGAGGAUGAGAUGAGCGGCCGCAGCGGCCACUUUCAGCAGGCGAUAAAAGAAGGUGAAGACAUGAUCGCGGAAGAGCAUUUUGGGUCUGAGAAGAUCAGAGAAAGAAUUAAGGAUAUCCGAGAGCAGUGGGCUAACCUGGAGCAGUUAUCUGCCAUUAGGAAGAAGCGGCUGGAGGAAGCCUCUCUCCUUCACCAGUUCCAGGCUGAUGCUGACGAUAUUGAUGCGUGGAUGUUGGACAUCCUCAAGAUUGUCUCCAGCAAUGAUGUUGGCCAUGAUGAAUAUUCCACUCAGUCCUUGGUCAAGAAGCACAAAGAUGUGGCUGAAGAGAUUGCGAGCUACCGGCCGACCAUCGACUCUCUUCACGAGCAGGCCAAGGCCCUGCCACAGGAGCACGCGGAGUCUCCGGAUGUGCAAGGCAGGUUGUCCGGAAUCGAGGAGAGGUACAAAGAGGUUGCCGAGCUGACCCGGCUGCGUAAACAGGCCCUGCAGGAUACCCUUGCUCUCUAUAAGAUGUUCAGCGAGGCAGAUGCUUGUGAGCUUUGGAUCGACGAAAAGGAGAAGUGGCUGAAUAAUAUGCAGAUUCCAGAGAAACUGGAGGACCUGGAAGUGAUCCAGCACAGGUUUGAAAGCUUGGAGCCAGAAAUGAACAACCAGGCAUCCCGUGUGGCCGUGGUGAACCAGAUUGCCAGGCAGCUGAUGCACAGUGGCCACCCCGGGGAGAAGAUCAAAGCACAGCAAGAUAAACUCAACACAAGGUGGAGCCAGUUCAGAGAACUUGUAGAUAGGAAGAAGGAUGCUCUGCUCUCUGCUCUGAGUAUCCAGAACUACCAUCUUGAAUGUAAUGAAACCAAAUCCUGGAUCAGGGAAAAGACCAAAGUGAUUGAGUCCACACAAGAUCUGGGUAAUGACCUGGCUGGAGUGAUGGCCUUGCAGAGGAAGCUGACAGGCAUGGAACGGGACCUGGUGGCCAUCGAAGCCAAGCUCAGUGACCUGCAGAAGGAGGCAGAGAAGCUGGAAUCAGAGCAUCCUGACCAGGCACAAGCCAUCCUUUCACGGCUUGCAGAGAUCAAUGACGUGUGGGAAGAAAUGAAGACCACCCUGAAGAACCGGGAAGAGUCCCUGGGAGAGGCCAGCAAGCUGCAGCAGUUCCUGAGAGAUCUGGAUGACUUCCAGUCCUGGCUCUCCAGAACACAGACUGCAAUUGCCUCCGAAGAUAUGCCCAACACCCUGACAGAGGCUGAGAAGCUGCUCACUCAGCACGAGAAUAUCAAGAAUGAAAUCAACAACUACGAGGAAGAUUAUCAGAAGAUGAGGGACAUGGGUGAGAUGGUGACACAAGGGCAAACUGACGCUCAGUACAUGUUCCUACGCCAGCGCCUGCAGGCUUUGGACACCGGAUGGAAUGAGCUUCACAAAAUGUGGGAGAACAGGCAAAAUCUCCUUUCCCAGUCUCAUGCCUACCAGCUGUUUCUCAGAGAUACCAAGCAAGCAGAAGCUUUCCUUAAUAACCAGGAGUAUGUUCUGGCACACACAGAGAUGCCAACCACCUUGGAAGGAGCAGAAGCUGCUAUUAAAAAGCAGGAGGAUUUCAUGACCACCAUGGAUGCCAAUGAAGAAAAGAUCAAUGCAGUUGUGGAGACGGGCAGGAGGCUCGUUAGUGAUGGGAACAUUAACUCUGAUAAAAUCCAGGAGAAAGUGGACUCAAUUGAUGACAGACAUAGGAAGAACCGUGAAGCAGCCAGUGAACUUUUGAUGAGACUGAAAGAUAACAGGGAUCUCCAAAAGUUUCUUCAGGAUUGCCAAGAGCUCUCCCUCUGGAUCAAUGAGAAGAUGCUCACAGCCCAGGAUAUGUCCUAUGAUGAGGCGAGGAACCUGCACAGCAAGUGGCUGAAGCAUCAGGCAUUUAUGGCAGAGCUUGCAUCCAACAAAGAGUGGCUGGAGAAGAUUGAAAAGGAGGGAAUGCAGCUCAUUGCAGAGAAACCAGAGACUGAGGCCGUGGUGAAAGAGAAGCUGACAGGUCUCCACCAAAUGUGGGACGAGCUUGAAUCCACCACCCAGACCAAGGCUCAGCGUCUCUUCGAUGCAAACAAGGCAGAGCUUUUUACCCAGAGCUGUGCAGACCUGGAUAAGUGGCUGAAUGGUUUGGAGAGCCAAAUCCAGUCGGAUGACUACGGAAAAGAUCUCACCAGUGUCAACAUCCUGUUGAAGAAGCAGCAGAUGCUGGAGAAUCAAAUGGAUGUCCGUAAGAAGGAGAUAGAGGAGCUGCAAAGCCAGGCAAGGGCUUUGAGCCAAGAGGGCAAGAGCACAGAUGAAGUCGAUGGCAAACGCCUUACUGUAGAAAAGAAGUUCUUGGAGCUGCUGGAGCCUUUGAAUGAGAGAAAGGCCAACCUGCUGGCCUCUAAAGAGAUCCACCAGUUCAACAGGGAUGUGGAAGAUGAAAUUUUGUGGGUCGGAGAGAGGAUGCCCAUAGCUACAUCUACUGAUCAUGGACACAACCUCCAGACUGUGCAGCUACUAAUAAAGAAAAAUCAGACCCUUCAGAAAGAAAUCCAGGGUCACCAGCCUCGUAUCGAUGACAUUUUUGAGAGGAGUCAGAACAUCAUCACAGAGAGCAGCCCCAAUGCUGAAGUCAUCCAGCAGAGACUUGCAGACUUGAAGCAGCUGUGGAACCUCCUCAUCGAGGAGACAGAGAAGCGCCACAAGCGCCUGGAGGAGUCUCACAGGGCUCAGCAGUAUUACUUCGAUGCAGCCGAGGCUGAGGCCUGGAUGAGUGAGCAGGAGCUCUACAUGAUGUCAGAAGAGAAAGCCAAGGAUGAACAGAGUGCAGUGUCCAUGCUGAAGAAACACCAGAUUUUGGAACAAGCUGUAGAAGAUUAUGCUGAAACUGUGCACCAGCUUUCAAAGACCAGCAGAACUUUGGUGGCAGAUAAUCACCCAGAAAGCGAGCGCAUCAGCAUGCGCCAGUCCAAGGUGGACAAGCUCUACGCAGGCCUGAAGGACCUGGCAGAGGAGAGGAGGGGCAAGCUGGACGAGAGGCACCGGCUGUUCCAGCUCAACCGCGAGGUGGAUGACCUGGAGCAGUGGAUUGCCGAGAGGGAGGUGGUGGCAGGGUCCCACGAGCUGGGCCAGGACUACGAACACGUCACGAUGCUGCAGGAGCGGUUCCGGGAGUUCGCCCGGGACACCGGGAACAUCGGGCAGGAGCGGGUGGACACCGUCAACCACAUGGCCGAUGAACUCAUCAACUCCGGCCACUCGGACGCUGCCACCAUCGCCGAGUGGAAGGACGGACUCAAUGAGGCCUGGGCGGAUCUCCUGGAGCUCAUCGACACGAGAACACAAAUCCUCGCAGCCUCUUAUGAACUGCACAAAUUUUACCACGAUGCCAAGGAGAUCUUAGGACGUAUCCAAGACAAACACAAGAAACUGCCCGAGGAGCUUGGUAGAGACCAAAACACAGUGGAAACACUACAGAGAAUGCACACGACGUUUGAGCACGACAUCCAGGCCCUGGGCACCCAGGUGCGACAGCUGCAGGAGGAUGCAGCGCGCCUCCAGGCUGCCUACGCAGGGGACAAGGCUGAUGACAUCCAGAAGAGGGAAAACGAGGUCCUGGAGGCGUGGAAGGCACUGCUGGAUGCCUGUGAGGGCCGCAGGGUGAGGCUGGUGGACACAGGAGACAAAUUCCGCUUCUUCAGCAUGGUUCGGGACCUCAUGCUCUGGAUGGAAGACGUUAUCCGGCAGAUAGAAGCCCAGGAAAAGCCGAGGGAUGUUUCAUCUGUGGAACUGCUCAUGAACAAUCACCAGGGGAUCAAAGCAGAAAUUGAUGCCCGAAAUGACAGCUUCACUACGUGCAUUGAGCUUGGCAAGUCUCUGCUGGCCAGGAAACACUAUGCAUCUGAGGAGAUCAAGGAAAAGCUCCUGCAGCUGACAGAAAAGAGAAAAGAAAUGAUUGACAAAUGGGAAGACAGAUGGGAGUGGCUGAGACUGAUUUUGGAGGUGCACCAGUUCUCCAGAGAUGCAAGUGUGGCUGAGGCCUGGCUGCUGGGACAGGAGCCCUACCUGUCCAGUCGUGAGAUAGGGCAGAGCGUGGAUGAGGUGGAGAAAUUAAUCAAGCGGCACGAAGCGUUUGAGAAAUCCGCAGCUACCUGGGACGAGAGGUUUGCAGCGCUGGAGAGACUGACCACGCUGGAACUGCUGGAAGUGCGUCGGCAGCAAGAGGAGGAGGAGCGGAAGAGGCAGCCGCCCACUCCGGAGCCCAAGGUUGCAGAGGAUGGAGACUCCCAGCAGCAAUGGGAUGGGACAAAAGGAGAACAAGUUUCCCAAAACGGUUUGCCCUCAGACCAGGAAUCUCCACGGGUGGCAGAAACUGCAGAAACCAACGAAAUGGUCAAUGGAGCUGCAGAACAGAGGACGAGUUCCAAAGAGUCCAGUCCCAUUCCUUCCCCGACGUCAGACCGCAAAGCCAAGAGCGGCGUUCAGGCCCAGACUGCUGCAACCCUCCCGGCCAAAACGCAGGAGAUCCCCUCGGCCCAGAUGGAGGGCUUCUUACACCGCAAGCACGAGUGGGAGACACACAGCAAGAAAGCCUCCAGCAGGUCAUGGCAUAACGUGUACUGUGUCAUAAACAACCAAGAGAUGGGCUUCUACAAGGACUCAAAAGCUGCUGCUUCUGGCAUCCCUUACCACAACGAGAUCCCCGUCAGCUUGAAGGACGCAGUCUGCGAAGUAGCGGUCGAUUACAAGAAGAAGAAGCAUGUGUUCAAGCUCAGAUUGACUGAUGGCAAUGAAUACCUCUUCCAAGCCAAAGACGAUGAGGAGAUGAACACGUGGAUUCAGGCCAUCACAUCAGCGAUCUCUUCAGACAAAAUCGAAGUGUCUCCGACCACCCAGAGCACUCCAGCCUCCAGCCGUGCCCAGACCCUGCCUGCCAGUGUCACAAUAACCAGCGAGUCCAGCCCUGGCAAGCGGGAGAAAGACAAAGAGAAAGACAAAGAGAAAAGAUUCAGCCUUUUUGGUAAAAAGAAGUGAAUUCCAUCUCCACACACUGCACUUCUCUGACCGUUCCAGUGGAAUUCCAGCAUGCGAGCUCAGAACCAAUACGUUACUCUCUGUGCCUCAUGUUCCUCAAUGUGAUUGACAUUUUUUUAUUUAUAGAGCGUUUUAAAAUAAAAAAAGCCAACAAAAAAAAAAGAAUCUAAAGUUACAAACGUAUGAGGUGCAUUGGGCAGCUUCUGUAGGAGAGGGAGGACCAGGUUUUGGGGGUUUGUUUUUGUUUGGUUUUUUGGGUUUUUUUUUGUUUGUUUUGUUUUGUUUUUUUAAAUGAAGUUAAUGUAGAUUAGAUCUUAAUAUUUAAACUGUUCCUCAAUUUUGUGAGGCUGUCUUGGAAAAUAACCCACUCCUAGUGCUAUUGGUGUGCAAGGCAGCGGUGCUUUCGAAUCUACUGUGCACAUGAGAAACCAAUGUACAAAUUCUCAAAGGCAUUCACUUCCAGUUAAGGUUGUUAUGCUGAGUCCUGGCUAGUAGAGCCUUCCCCAGCGAUUCUAACAGGAAUUCAAAUGGUAGUGUGUUCUCUUUGCUGUAACAGAGUGCAAGUAUGCAUUGACUCACAGCCCAAGGUUUGUUUAACACCACCCGAAGCGUCCCCGCAUCGAGUACGACAGAUGAGAAUGUUGGUGUUCAAGAUGGAUUAACAGGCUGGUACAGUUUUAAAUAAGCUGUAAUUUCAAAUUUCUUUUUUUUUUUUUUUUUUUUUUUUCCGAAAUACAUUAUAUUGUAUGUUUCAGAUAAUUCUAGUACAAAGUAUAAUAAGACUAGAUGUAUAAUAAACCCUUUAAAAUCAUCAAUAAGUGUAAAAGUGGAACUGAAGCAUUUACUGGAAAAGUAAUGUUACUCAAAUGGUUACUUGCUUGUCAGCUGCAGCACUGUGUGUUAUAAUUUUGCUACAUUACCUUGCUCUUUGAUACAUAGUGUGCAUUUCUGUCACUGUAACUAUUGUAAUGAAAAAUUUUCAUCUUACUGCACAAUCAAAAAAUACAUUUAAUAGGAAUGAACUUUCAAUGACUGGGCCUGUAGUCAAGAGUAGUACUGGAACUGGCUUUCAGUUGUAUCGAACUGUACCUCUAGACUUUUACCCUAUCUGUUAAAUAUAUGCGAUGUCAUUAAAUGCUUUUAAAACUAAA